AUGCUCAAUCAAAUCCCACAGACAGCUACCCUUCCUCGAGAGGCUAUGCCUGAGAAGACUCAGCGCACGUUUCAUGAGCCGUUGGACGACAGGGAUAUACGAUACGGCAUGUACUCACAUAGUCGUCGCGGUCUAACAUUUGGCGGUUCCCUGUUCUUCCUAUUCUCCCUUCUUUUUGCUAUGAAUGAGAAGACUCAGCGCGCGUAUCAUCAGGCCGUUUGGCGUCUCUUCCGUUUCCUUACCUCAAUCCAACUCACUCAAGUUGGGCCUACAUUACAUCUUGGAUUGCGCCAUGACUCGCCGCUAGGACAAGUCACCACAGCUACCCUUCCUCGAGUAGGGCCUGAGAAGACUCAGUGCGCGUAUCAUAGGCCGUUGGACGACAGGGAUAUGCAUGUAGCAGCAUUCGCUGUCGCCGCGUCAACCACCCUUCAUGUGAGGCGAGAGAUCGACGACAAACGGAGAGGGUGUUCGGUUGGCUACGAAUGCGACCGUCUUGUCGCUGAAGUUUACGCUAUGUGCCCUCUUUCAUCAACUUCCUGCAAAGUGUCUCUUCCGUUUCCUUUACGUCAAUCCAACUUAUAUGACCAACCUCGAAAAUUCCUCCUCCUCACUCGACUUGUGGCCUCGAUAAAUUGGGCCUACGUUACAUCGAAUAUGUAUUUGGAUUGCGUCGUGACUCGCCGGUCGGCUUACAAGUCACCUUAG